AUGAUUGUUUUGAGCCAUUCAGUAUUUGCUUACCGCUAUGUGCCAUGGAAUUUUCAUCAGCGCCGCCCCUUCCAGUCUGAUUUCUCUGGGAAUCUGGACUUUGCAACCUUUGUGAAACUGGCUCAAGAUGUGGGCUUGCUGGUCAUCCUGCGGCCCGGCCCCUACACUGAUGCAGGCUGGGACUUUGGCGGCCUGCCUGGCUGGCUGAUGGAGAGUCGCUACGUCAAUAGGAACAUUCUCCUACGUAGCAACAACACAGAUUACAUGGAGGCUGUGGCGAGAUGGUACGCUGACCUCCUGCCCCGGGUCCGCCCUCUCCUCUACAGUAAUGGAGGACCUAUCAUAUCAGUGCAGGUGGAGAAUGAGUAUGGAUCGUACUUUGCCUGUGAUGACAACUACCUGCAGACACUACGUGACAUCAUGAGGUCCUACCUUGGUGACGAUGUCAUCCUGUUCACAACAGAUAAUGCUAUUGCAAGCUCCCUCCGAUGUGGGACUCAGGAUGGACUGUAUUCUACAAUUGACUUUGGGCUGACAGACUCGCCCGAGAAAGUGUUUGCUGUCCAGCGUCAGUUCCAGCCUCACGGCCCGCUGGUGUGUUCCGAGUUCUACGUGGAGUCUCCUCUAGACUACUGGGGAUACAACCACUCCCAGCAGUCUCCCCAGCAGGCAGCGCAGAGUCUGGACCUCUUGCUGGCAUAUGGUGCCAAUAUCAACAUGUAUAUGUUUGAAGGAGGAACCAACUUUGGAUAUACAAGUGGAAGUUUACCAGGAACUGGGAACAAGGUGAAGUUUGUCACGACGACGUACGACCAUGAUGCUCCCAUGUCUGAGGCAGGAGAUUCGAGGGAGAAGUACCACACGAUACGGAAAGUUGUUUACAAAUAUGUGAAACGGCCAGUUGCUCCAGUCCCACCUAAUACAGUGAAGUUUGCAUAUGGUCAAGUACAGAUGAAGCUGGUUGGUGAUAUCGUGGACGUGCUGCCCUCUGUGUCGCUGUCUCCUGUCAAGUCUCUCUACCCUCUGUGUAUGGAAGACAUACACCAGUAUUAUGGCUUUACCCUGUACCGCCACGUCUCCGAGAGGUCCUAUGUCAGCCAGGAACUGUUGUUGGAUGGCAUUCGCGACAGAGGUUACGUCAUCAUCAACAAGGUGAUGCAGGGUAUCCUUGUCAGAGGGGAGAUAACCCAUCUGAACAUCACUCUACAUAAGGGAGACAACCUUGACAUCCUUGUUGAAAAUCAAGGCAGAUCAUUAAAUGGCAUUGACUUCAAUAAGAACCAGAAGGGUAUAGUUGGGAAUGUCACUGUGGGAGGCUUGGUGCUUCAACACUGGACAAUGUUCCCUCUCAGCCUGGCCAAUGCUUCAGUCCACCUUGGCAGCUCAGUAUCCAGGCUGAAGGCCAGCAGCGACACCAGUGAGACACUUCUAACACCAUCCUUGUACAUAGGCUCGUUUGUGUUGCCUAGCACACUGUCUCAGCCACUCGACACCUAUGUUGAUAUGAGACCCUGGCACAAGGGACAGCUGUUCAUCAACGGCAACAAUGUGGGUGGCUACUGGCCAUCCCUGGGGCCCCAGGUGACUCUGUAUGUCCCCCUGUCAUUCCUCAAGCCCCACCCUGCUUCCAACACAAUUCUAGCCUUUGAGCUGGAGUCAGCACCCUGUCCACACACAUGCACCAUUCGGUUUGUUGAUCAGCCAUUCAUCAACAAGACUGUGAAUGUAUUUGAUUGAUCUACCAUUCAUCAACAAGACUGUGAAUGUAUUUGAUUGAGCUACCAUUCAUCAACAAGACUGUGAAUGUAUUUGAUUGAGCUACCAUUCAUCAACAAGACUGUGAAUGUA